GUGGCGGACGCGUGCGGUUGUUAAUCGAUUGGGUCCGAUGUUUGUUAGUUUUCAUUUUGGACCGUUUUGAAAUUUAUCUUACACCCGUAGUCGUAUUAUGAUAAACGUAUGCGAGCGCGUAAUAGUUUUUGCAUAAAAUAAAAUUUGAUUAGACGUAGUAUUUGACGAAUUAAAAUUAGUUAUAUAUUAUAUAUUGCAUAAUAUAAUAAUAUAUAUUUAUGUAUCAUAUUAAAUACGAUCGACGAAUAAUCACCCCGUCGCCAACUUUCGGAGAUCUGGCGAGAGAAUCUAUUUAAUGCCGGUAUAAUAAUACAAUAUUACAUCGGCACGCCGGUGUUGUUGACACGUGUUCUAUCAGACAUAAAUGACUGUUGAUUAGCGUAUGAUAACAUGCUAACGGCCCGAAUGUUCGUCGAGCCUAUGCCAUUCAAAUUACUGGUUGUUCAAUGGUUAAUAUUGGCCAUUAGCGUGCAAAACAUUUUUUCAAGACCCGUUCAAGAAUUCAGCAAUACACGUCGACGGACCGAGUCAACACCGAUAUAUGAUGAUGUGCAUGGGUAUUUGAUGAAAUUCGGUUACUUGCCAGAAUCAGAUCUAGAAACGGGCAACUUGAGAGACGGAAAUCAACUACAGGAUGCUCUGCGGACGUUGCAGACGUUUGGAAAUAUUCCUGUCACCGGUAAAAUGGAUGCAGCCACUAAAGAGUUAAUGAAGAAACCGAGAUGCGGCGUUCCCGAUUUGUCACCGGCUGCGGGUCAGCGGCGGACUAAACGUUACACUCUGCAAGGUCAAAAAUGGCAUCACGUCAACCUGACGUGGAGUUUGCGGACGAGGCGCUUGGAUAAGGUAGAUCACGGAUGGGUGAGGUCAGACUUGAACAGAGCGUUUCAGGUGUGGUCCAAGUAUUCUAAACUUACAUUCCGGGAAGUUAACAGCGAAUCUGCAGACAUAUUGGUGUUUUUCGAAAAAGGCUACCACGGCGAUGGAUAUCCAUUCGAUGGACCUGGUCAAGUGUUGGCUCAUGCAUUUUUCCCGGGCACCGGACGAGGGGGUGACGCUCAUUUCGACGAGGAGGAAGAAUGGCUGGUGGCAGACAAGACGAGCAAAGAUGGAACCAGUCUGUUCAGAGUGGCUGUACACGAAUUCGGACAUUCACUCGGUCUUUCACACUCGUCGGUACAAGACGCGUUGAUGUUUCCAUGGUACCAGGAUCUUCAAUCCGACUUUGAACUUCCCAACGACGACCGUAUCGGUAUACAGGUCCUUUACGGUGCGAAAGAUGACAAAAGUUGGGGUGACAUACCGGUUUACAGACCUACUUCGCAGAGACCGAUUCUUUCAACAACUGUUCCGGCUACAACAGCGGUUACCAGAUACUCAACCAUGGCCAGUGAUACUACACCGGAAUACACUACCAGCAGGACAACGCCACCGAGAAGACCGGACGUUGCAGUAGUCGUUGACGAAAAACCAGACUUUUGCAACACGUCCUUUGAUGCAGUUUCGAUCAUACGGAAGGAGACAUUCUUCUUCAAAGGCAAAUAUACGUGGAGAUUAGGCACAAAGGGACUAUACGCCGGAUAUCCGGCUCUGAUCUCCAGGUUGUGGUACAACUUGCCCGAAAAUAUGACUCAGGUGGACGCCGUAUACGAAAGACAAGACGGCAAGAUUGUGUUUUUCAUAGGUCGCAACUAUUACGUGUUCGACGGCAACAAUCCACUGCCAGGAUACCCGAAACCGUUGACGACGCUCGGGCUACCCGACGAAUUGGACCAUGUGGACGCGGCAGUCGUCUGGGGUCACAAUAGCAAAACGUACAUAUUCAGCGGCACCAUGUACUGGAGGUGCGACGAUGAAACGAACCAGAUGGAGCUGGACUACCCGCGGGACAUGUCCAUAUGGCGAGGCGUGGGAUACAACAUCGACGCGGCGUUCCAGUGGCAUGACGGCGCAACGUACUUCUUCAAGAACCGCGACUUCUGGAAGUUCAACGAUCUCAGGAUGCGCGUCGAACAGGAGGAACCCAGAUCGAUCGGCGAGUUCUGGUUUAACUGCACCGCGACGCGAAGUGGUGGAGGCAAUGGUGACCGGUGGCCUGUCACCAAAAACAAGGGCCGGACGACCGGUCAGAAGGGCACCGGAAGCCGUGGUGGCCGAUUUCAAACCGCCGACGACAAACCAUCCGGCGCUGACGACGUAGAUUCUUCGAGGUCCAUCGCCACGGAUCGUACGCCACCGCCGAUCGUGACGUGGUCGAUCACGGUGGCGUCGCUCGCGACAAUCGCCCAAUGGAUGCGGUGAGAGUCACCGCGCGAAAAACCGUAUCGCGUAUGAUGUAUUUAUAAAGUUAUAAUUAUUGUGAUGUAUAAAUGUAUAAUUGUUCGCGACGUCCGGCAAAGUGCCGGUCGUCAAGUGCGACGACUUCGAGAUAACGAAAAUCGCGAUUUCGUCCGAGUCAUUCGACCAAAUAAUAAUAUAAUACAAUAACUGAUGUGUCUGGUGCGACUGCCGCAGAGUUUAUUUGGGCCUGGAAACGAGAUGAGCGAGAGACAAAAGAAAACAUUCGGUUUUGUUUUACUGGCCAACUGCAGUGUCAAAUUUCGGGUGCAAUAAGACUUGCCGCCGCGGUGAUAAAACAGUUCAGUGAUUUGGUGUAGAUAAUAAUAUACUAUAAUAUAUACUUUAAUACGUCCAAUAAUACUCGUAAUCCUCCCAUCAUGAUUUUAUUUUGUUUUAAAGUCUUCUUCAGCCGUGAGUACAUGUGAAUAAUAAUAUAUUUUUAAUAUUUGAAUAGUUGUACAACUUAAUCUAGCGUAUAGCGUACGUCCAAAUGGUGUGGCAGUAUUUUUCUCUGAUCGACCCUUAAAAUUCAAUGAUUCUUCCCAUCGUGUUUAUUACGCUUUGAUCAAUUUUACAAAUUAUUGAUAUUGAUAGAUCAAUAUUAAUUACCUACUAAAAUUUUCAGUUCACCACUUAGCCUCCAUAUCUUUCUAACCCGUUAUCAUGGACUUACGUAUCUGUCAUCUUUAAAUACAUAAAGUCAAAUAACUCAAAAAUCAUUCGUUCAAAUUUUGAUUUUUAUACGUCAACAUAUUCAAUAGAAUUAUCCGCUAAAUAAAUUACAGAUAACUGGAAGGAUUUCCAUUUGAUCAAUGAAAGUUUAAAUAUCCGCAGGAAAAUUCUUAAAUAAUACAAAAAUGUCAAUAAUUUAAAAAUAUGGUCUUUGAGUGUAAAUAUAUUUAAAACCUCAAAAAUUUAAAUUUUUAAUAACUAUAUUAUUGAUGAAAAAAAAAGGUGACUAUGCUUACUGAUCAGCCUAUAUUUCCAAAAAUAGUAAUAAAACUGCACCCCUAAUCACCUGUUCACAGUAAGCAUUUUUGGGAAAUUUUAAUAAAAUGCUAUUCCGAUCGUGUUUUUAGACCUUUAAACAAAUCACUCCAUCUUACGAGGUACAGUAGUGUUGUGACUACAUUUUAUCGUCAUCAAACUCUACGUUAUUUACAAUGUCUAAUGAAUUUGUGAUAUUUUUUUCUAACAACAUUAUUAUAUUAUUAAAAACCUACAUGUAUAAUUGUA